UUCUCCUCACGAGUUUCAUUUGCUCGGUGCAAGUUUGCAUUUCACAAAUUUGGGUCAGAUUACUCAGAUUCAAAUGCACACUUUUUUUGUGUAAUUUUCGCAUAAACUUCUAAAUGAGUGAUUAGUCAAACAAAGCUUUAGAACUAAAAUUCAAUUUAUGUGGGAUUAGGAAAUAUAAAAUUACAAGCUAAACAUAAACUAAGGUUUCUCGUAUCACAUUUGCAUAGUCGACGUCGACACGAAAUAGUUCAUCGCUUCCUUCCUUCGCUAACAAAUACAGCAAAUUGGGCUUAUCAUCAAUCACAUAAAAUAAUGGCGACAAACAUGGGUAGCCGGCUAUUUACCCCAAAAGCUACCAACAAAAUCGUAAAGUUUUUAUCCAAAUUAAGCAGUGGGGUGGGACCACCUCCCGUCCCUAAUCAUCAAUUCACUCCAGCAGGAUGGAUUUUUUGCUCAUUCGCCCCCCACUUCCUUAAAUUCUCGUCCAGAGGAGCUUUACAUCAAAAUUCUAAUUUGAGCUUACAAUUUCGUGGAUUAAGAUCGCGUCCAUUUCAAUCUUCAAUUAAAACUAAACCACCGCAAACGGAACGAAUAAAAUCUAAUGGUCAAAUUCCUCACCGUUUUAAUAACAUGGAUCGAUUCAACUUUAUCUUUAAACCGUUUGCAUUCACAGCUUUGGUCGGCACGUCCAGCAUCAUAGCAUGCACAAUCUGGCAGUAUGAAGAUUACCGGAGAAGUGUGAUAUCUGGAAGGUUUUCUUUAUCUGCGUUAAGAGACUCGGUUUUUGGUGGUGGAAGUUCAAGUCAAAAUCAGAGAAGAGUUAAUGGAGAACUUAUCGAUAAAGCGGAAGCUUGGUGGAGCAGUUUAUCUCCAGGAGAAAAGAUAUUCUGGCCAAUUUGUGCAAUUAACUCAUUGGUUUGGUUAGCAUGGAGGGUUCCAGCUUGGGCACCGACGAUGGUCACGUAUUUUAGUGCAACACCAGUAGGACGAAGAAUAUGUCUACCAAUGCUGCUCUCCACGUUUAGUCAUUACUCAUUUUUCCACCUUGCUGCCAAUAUGUUCGUUUUGCAUUCGUUUAUUCCAGCUGCUGCACAAAUCCUGGGCAAAGAACAAUUCGUCGCAAUGUAUUUGACUUCCGGAACAGUAGCCUCGUUAGGGUCACAUUGUCACAAGUUGUUUGUUGGAAACACGACGCCUUCCCUGGGAGCUUCCGGUGCAAUUAUGGGAAUCUUAGGAUUGGUAUGCACAAGAAUGCCUGAUAUUCAGUUGGGUAUCAUUUUCCUUCCUGGAGUGCAAUUUACGGCCGAUACGGCAUUGAAAUGCAUUCUCGCAAUUGACACUGCUGGAGUAGUCUUAGGAUGGAAAUUUAUGGAUCAUGCGGCUCACUUGUCUGGAUGCCUUUUUGGGAUAGCCUUUAGCCAUUACGGAGGACAAACAUUUUGGGCCUUUCGCGAUUUUGUGAUGACGCAGUGGCACAAGUUUAGAAUAUCUUGAUGAAACCGCGUAUAAAAGCUUUAAAUUUUAAAUAUAAAACAAGUCUAAUCAUUCUAGUAAACUUUUAAUAACAACAAACAAUUUGCAAUCAAGUA